AUGGAGGAUGUAAAAGACCCGCCGAUCGUUCACCGGUCCUCCUCCUUCAGUAUCAAGAGCCUCCUGCUGCCCUCAAAGUGCGACAGCAGACCGGACUCCGUGGCCGCUGCAGCCGCCGCCGCUGCAGCCGCCGCCGCCACCGCGGUUGUCUGCAUCCCGGGGACCUUCUCUCCCUCUCCGGGCUCCGACUCUGAGAAGUCGCUGGACCCGGCGGAGGUGGACUCCACGGCUGCGGCUCUGGACCCAGAGAAACCGGGGGAAGAGGAGGAGGAGGGCGGAGAGGGAGAAGGAGACGGAGGGGACAGCGCCAAAGCUGCGCCGGAACAGAAAGCCAACAGCGCGAAAAACGGGAAAUAUGACAAGCCUCCUUUCAGCUACAACGCUCUCAUCAUGAUGGCCAUCCGCCAGAGCCCCGAGAAGAGGCUCACGCUCAACGGCAUCUACGAGUUCAUCAUGAAAAACUUCCCGUACUACCGGGAGCACAAGCAGGGCUGGCAGAACUCCAUCCGGCACAACCUGAGCCUCAAUAAGUGCUUCGUGAAGGUUCCCCGGCACUACGACGACCCGGGGAAGGGCAACUACUGGAUGCUGGACCCGAGCAGCGAUGAUGUUUUCAUCGGGGGGACGACGGGGAAGCUGCGCAGGCGCUCCGCCACCUCCAGGGGCAAGCUGGCAAUGAAGCGCGGGCUGCGCUUCGCUCCGCUCGGCCUGGGGAUUAACGAGCGGGCGAACAACCCGCUCUACUGGCAGAUCUCACCCUUCCUCUCCCUGCACCACCACCACCAUCACCACCCACACUACAACGGAUCCUCGCCCGGGUUUUUGAACCAGGCAGCCGGGUACGGGUCGCUGCUGCCCGCGGUGGAGCAGCUGAGCAACGGGGAGCUGGGGCGCUCCAUCCUCGGCGGCUCGUUGUCGAACAGUUACGGGAUGAGCGGGUCGCCGGUCGGGCUGCUCUCCGGACAGACAGCCGGGUAUUUUGUCUCAGGGAACCAGCAUGCAGGGGUGCAGGGGCCGCCGGGAGGAGGACCGCCGCCGCCGCAUCUCCAGCAGAGCGCGCAGGGUUACGGCGGCCUCGCGGCGAGCAGCUCCCCGCAGAGCCUGCUGACGGACUCCCUCAGAAACAGCUCCCUACCGGCCUUCUCAUCGGGCGUGUCCGCGGGCUUCCCCGGGGUGCUGUCCCAUCAAAAGAGGGUGACUCCAAACGCUUUCCUAAACUGA